UGGCGCCACUGCACUCCAGCCUGGGCGACAGAGCCAGACCCUGUCUCAAAAAAACAAAAGAAGAGAGGCCCCCACUCUGUGCUGCACUCCUGGAUGGAAGCCUCGAGGGGAGCGCGUGCAGGGCGGAGGCCUCAUGAAUAAUUGAGGGUCUCAGGCAGGCGGCCGUCCCGCAGAUGUCGCCCCGCCGCAGGCGGGGAGGGGGCGGCGGUGACAUCACUUCCUCCCCUGCGGGGUCCCCGUGUGGGUUAUAAGGCGCUGCAACCCUGGCCCGCACAGCGCCUUGGACCCGUUGGACGCCCACCAUGCCGCCCCGAGGGCCAGCCUCUGAGCUGCUGCUGCUGCGGCUGCUCCUGCUGGGGGCGGCCACCGCUGCUCCCCUGGCACCGAGACCCUCCAAGGAGGAGCUGACCCGCUGUCUGGCAGAGGUGGUCACAGAGGUGCUGACCGUGGGCCAGGUCCAGAGAGGACCCUGCACUGCUCUUCUCCACAAGGAGUUGUGCGGGACAGAGCCCCACGGCUGUGCGUCCACCGAGGAGAAAGGCCUGCUGCUUGGGGAUUUCAAGAAGCAGGAGGCUGGGAAGACGAGGUCCAGCCAGGAGGUGAGGGAUGAGGAAGAGGAGGAGGUGGCAGAGAGGACCCACAAGUCCGAGGUCCAGGAACAAGCCGUCCGCACGCAAGGGCACUGCCAGCUCCACCAGGAGGAGGAGGAGGAGAGGAAGAGGGGGCCCAUGGAGACCUUUGAGGACCUGUGGCAGCGGCAUCUAGAGAAUGGAGGGGACCUCCAGAAGCGGGUGGCAGAGAAGGCCAGUGACAAAGAGACGGCCCAGUUCCAGGCAGAGGAGAACGGGUUGCAGGUGCUGGGCGGGGACCGCAGCCUGUGGCAGGGGGCCGAGAGAGGCGGAGGAGAGAAGCACGAAGACUCGUCCCACCACCACCACCACCACCAGCCAGAGGCUGAGGCCAGGCAGAAGGAGGAGGAGGCUUCGGAGAGGGAGGAACAGGUGGAGCGGCUGGAGCACUUGAGAGAUGAACUGAAGAAGGUGACAGAGACGCUGGGGGAGUAGCUCAGGAGGGAGGGCUGACCCCUGUCUCAGGCCCUCCUUCCUCCCGACACACCCUGUGGCUUAGGACUGUUGACCCCAAAGCCUCCACCUCACCUGGCACCCGCCACGCCACGCUACCCAAACAGGGGAGGAGACGGACGUGCCUUGGAACCACACCCAAGGAGGCGAGUCUGAGCUGGGCCAGGGGCUGGGCUCAGCCCUGACACAGGAAGCACCCCCACACCUAUGUACUCCCACUCCAACCCUUCUGAGUGAAUAAAGCACAAAGAAACGCA